AUGCCGCCGCCAGCAACCGCCGUCGAUAAAGACACUGGCAAAGACAAGAAGCUGGAUGUAAUUAGACAAAAGCUCCAGAACGAUGCCUCCAAUGCCAUCCAAGGGUUCAACAAGGCAGAUUUCGACUGGUUUCUCCGUGGUAAUAUCAAAAGAAUUGAUGUCAUCAGUAAAAUCCCUUCCCUGUUGAAAACACCCUCCAAUAAUGCCUCCACCACCAAUAAUGCCGCAACCGCCAGCCCUGCUGCUGCUGCUGCUGUCACUUCUAGGAACAUCGGGUCGGCUUUGACUCCUCAGAAAAGUAUCCCAACAGUGGGAUCUACCAACGCCACAAAUGUUCAAGGGGUUCUCAGUGAUAUCCUGACCACUGGUGAUGGAACAGCACCCCUCAAACGUUCCGCAACGAUAUCGGCUUCCCACCAGCACUCUGAAUCCUCAAUUAUCAGACGUACCAGAUCUCAUACCAACAGUAGCAACAGUAGCAGCGGUAGUGGAUUCUUUGGCAAAUUGUCCCUGAAAUUCUCAAGGAAGAAAUCAACCCCGGAAAAAGCCUCUAAUGUCCCUACUACAAACACGAAACGGAACUCGACCUCUAAAAGUAAUGGGGUGUCAUUAGCAUCAGCAUCAUCAUUAUCAACAACAAAACCAUCAUCAUCAUCAGCAACAACAACAACAAACCCAACAGAUAGCAAACCAACAGAUCAACCAGUGGAUGAAAAUGCCUUGGAUCCAAGAUUUCAAAAAUUCUUGGAGUUUUAUAAAUCAAAGGGAAUUGAAAAAAUGUCUAACCUUGAACGUAAUUUCCCUGAUAACAAUAACAAUAACAGUGAACCUGCCCCAUCCACAGUAAUACCAGAACCAACCACUCCUCGUUCAAACGGGCUAUCUAGGCUAUUGUCACGCACUAAAACUAGUGAUACACCAUCCUCCACUGCCACCACGGCAUCGUCGUUUCUGUUCCCACUGAAUGAAAUCCCCCCUUCUCCAAAAGUGGAUCUUUUGGGACGCCCAAUUCCUCCUCAUCCACAAGAGGCCCCAUUGCCUCCUGCUAUCAAACGAGUAAACCAAAGUACUCACGGUCGUCAUAAUAGUGGCUCGAUUUCCGACGUUAGCAGUAGUAUCCAUAGCACCCUGUCACCAAAAACUACUGCUCGCUUUGGCUCAUUCCUCAGACGUCACCAAAGUGUUGACCAACAUCCUACCAGUCCUCCAUUAAAUAAUUCGGUACUAUCGUCAUCUUCAUCAUCUGUAUCAUCUUCAUCAUCCUCCCUCGUUGAAGCACAUAGUGUUGGGUCUUCGCAAGAAAUUCCUGGUUUUAUGCACAUGCCAUUAUUGAAGCGUGUCACAUUUAGUGAACGGGUGUUCUUUAAUGACCCACCUCAACAGAUUGCCUCCAGGAAUCCACGGAAAGGUGAAGUGGAAAUAUUGAAAAAUGGAUCGAUAUUGGUUCAUAAAUUGACCCCUGAAGAACGUCAGAAGAUUAUGAGAGAAGGCGGAGGAGGAGUGGUGGUUGGUGGAUUUGGACACUUGAGGAUUAUUAGCCCAGAAGAAAAAGCAGAAGAAGAGCAAUUCGAGAGACGCUCAGGCUCACCACCACCACCGCCACCACCUGUAGAACAUGAAAAUGACCAAGAAGGUGCUGCCGUUGAAAAAAAAGAGCAAGAAGAAGAAAAAGAAGCGGAAGAAGAUGAUGAUCCUAGCCUUCGAAAAGCUAAGCUGAUUUCGAUUGAUAAGCCAAUGGUUAGUCGUCAUAAACCAUCAGGUAUUAAACCCACUGAUGAAGAUGGCGAGGAAGUGUCUAAUGAUAGCUCAGAAAGUAUCAACAAAAUAAUGGAGAAGAAAGUUCCACUUGACGUGUUGUAUGCUCGUUGUUGUCAUCUUCGUGAAAUAUUACCAAUCAAAUCGACUUUGAAACAAAUUCCUAAGAAUUCUACUGCGACUCUUGAUCUGCUAACCUUUAAAAACCCAUUGCCUUCACUUAUUGAAAUUAUAACUUUUGGAGAUUUCAUCAGUAUUGCCCCAAUCGCCACGUUGAUCGUCGAUGGGAUUUCCCUCAGUUUAGAAAUGCUCAGGGUAUUGUUGCUGUCGAUAGCUUACAAAAAUGAUUUGAAAAAACUCAGUUUAAGGAACACUGUCCUUGAUACCCGUGGUUGGAAAUUGUUGUGUUGGUUUCUUGUGAAAAAUAAGUCUUUGAUAUCCCUUGAUAUCACAAUGUGUUCAUCAUUGAAAACUUCUUCGUCUUCCAAAUCUAGCAAGCCAAAGAGCAUAGCCAUCACCUCGAUUGUCAGAAUGGACGGUAGCCAAUCUGAUAGAUCUGAAAUGGAUUGGUCAUUAUUUGUGGCGUCUUUGAUUUACCGGGGAGGUAUUGAAUCGUUGAUCUUGACAGGUUGUAAGAUUAAAAGCUUACCGAUAUUUAAGAAAUUAUUCGAAAUGGCGUUGGGUGGUCGGACCAAGAAAUUGGGCUUGGCGUAUAAUAAUUUAAGUUACGAACAAAUGGAAGUGGUUUGCAACUGGCUUCUCAAAUACAGUUCUCUGAUUAUUAGUCUUGAUUUAGGCUAUAACAACAUGAAUCGUAUGCUGACAAAAAUUCAACGGAGCUCUUGUGGAAGCAAUAAUUUGAUGACAGUUAAAGGUGGAUCGGUCAAUUUAUUGAUUUCUGUGUUUAGCAGAAUUCAUAAGGAACGGAAACAAUGUGGGUUACAGUAUUUAUCAUUGAACUGUACUGAAAUCCAUGAAGAAUCCACGACGCUGAAUACUGAAGGAGAAUUUGUGGAGGCUUCAUCAUUGAUUUACAAUUUGUCGAAAUUAUCGAACCUCAGGUUUUUGGAUUUGUCAGGGAACCCAAGAUAUUUCCUGUACAAUAUCGAAAUUUUCUGCUCGUUUUUGACGUUGUUUAGUAAAUUGACUAGGUUGCAUUUGGAUUACAAUGGUAUUGGAGACUUAUCGAUGAUUGCAAUUUGCGACUCAUUGAUGAGUUGCAAACAUAUGUAUUAUCUAUCAUUAUUGGGGAAUCCUUUGACCCUUGGUGGAUAUUCUGCGAUUUGCAACUUGGUCAAGCGGUCAAAAAUCAUUUCUUUGGAAAUGGAUUUCGAUUAUAUUCCAACCCAUUUGAGAAGAAAUAUUGGGGUUUACACGGUGAGAAACAUGGAGCAGAUAAUUAGACACGGUAAAAUCGGUGUCAAUGGGGGAGAAGAUGAAAAUGAAAACAAGGGGAUUGAUAAGGACGAGUAUAGUUUAGGAUCUUUGACAGAAGAGGUGGUUGAGUUCUUGCAAAAAUACGAUGAAAAGAAUGAACGUGGAGAAAUGAUCAAUAGCGAAGAGAAGAAGAAAGUGAAGCAACUUGUGUUCGAGUUUUUGGGAAAGAUUUUCCAGAUUAAGAAUAGCUUGAAUCAGACUAUUGAAAAAUUGAUUGAAAUGAGAUUGCAGCACGAAUUGAAUAAUGAUGGUAAGGAGACCCUCAUUAGAUUUUGUUUUAUUGAUAAUGCUUUGGACAAAGUGCUCCGUAUUUUGAGGGAAAGAUAUAAGGAAUUUGCAGAUGAGUAUGAAAUUACCCAUAAGGUUACGGAGAAGGGUGCCAGUGAGGAAUCGAUGGUGGUGAAAACCCAGAUUUUUGGGAAAAGUCUAGACCACAAUGCCAUUGACGAAGAAGAGGAUGAAGAGGCGUACCCGAUUUCCGGAAUGAAAUCCAAGGAAGGGGUAUCGUCAGUAUUCCCAUACUCACAGGUUCGUCGCAGCAGCAGCCAAACAAGUUUAAAGAAGCUUGAUCAAGAAGAAGGUAGUGUGUUGAAAGCAGGGAAUCUACUCCAGGCGAAAUUACAAGAGCAUGGUUCUGGUGACAAUGCUGAUAAGGGCCAAGGACCUCAGUACGAUGAUCAUUUUCUUAAACACGUGGUAGGAGGAGGAGGAGGAGGAGAAGGAGGAGGAGCGGUCGAUGGUGAAAAGAUCAAGGACGCGUUACUCGAUACUUCAAAACUUAGUAAUAUUGUGAAUGUUUUGGAUAGUCUCCGAGAAAACGGGAUCAGUGUUGAAGAUAUGUUUAAGAAAAGGGAUGUUCAGUCGGCGCUUGAACAAGAGUUUGCCAACGGGAAGAGCUUACAUCUGGCAAAAGAGGAAGGAAGUGAAGAUAAGGAUGAAGAUGAGAGUGAUUUGAGCGACACUGCUAGCGAGGCCAGUAUUGACGAUGUGGAGGUAGAAAAGGAGACCAAGCCGUACGAUACGAUUGUUGAUGAUUUGGUGCGGGUGAGAAGUCGACAAGCCUGA